AUGGGUGGGCGCCAGAGCAAGCCUGAUGAAGCACCGGCGCCAUCCAGCUUGCAGGAGCUGGGAGAGGAUGCUGCGACGAAUCUGGAUCAAAAGAUCGAGGAAAUCGGGGUGAAGAUUCAGAAGGCAGAAGAGGAGGCGCGGCAGUGGGUGGCACAGCAGAGUACCAACCCAACCGCAAAAGCACGUGCCAUGCAAGCUUUGAAGCGGAAGAAGCUUUAUGAGCAGCAGCGAGAUCAGCUCGUGAAUACUCAAUUCAAUGUUGAGAACCUUGCCUUUCAGCAAGACCAGGCUGAGAUUACGGCACAAACCGUGCUGGCCAUGAAGAAGGCAACUGAGCAGCUCAAGGACCAACAGAAAAGGAUGGGAGUUGAAGAUGUCGACAAGCUCACUGAUGACAUGGCAGACAUCCAGGCUGAAAUGAAGGACAUCCAAGCUGCCCUGGCUGCUCCAUCAGCACUGGGUGCGACCGGUGAAGAUGAAGCAGAGGCAGAGCUGCAGGCUCUUUAUGCACAGCAGUCGCAGAAGGAAGCAGAGGAG